UUACCAGGAUGCAAAAGACAAACUGGCUAAAACAAGGCUGCUGGCUCCAGCUUACUUUAUACUGGGUGGAAAAAAUUCUGGAGAAGGAUGUGUAAUAACGCGUUCCAGGACAGCUGCUCUGGAUAUCUGGGACCUUGACAUCAAGAAAGGCACAUGGUAUGUGUUAGAAACAAACUAUGAUCGCUGGAAGCCCCCACUAAUCUUGGAUAAUCGUAGAACACCUGCAAUGAAAUGCCUGAACCAGACAACGCAAGAGAACCUCUCCUUACCAGCAAUUUAUGAUGUUCUCUCCACAAAGCCUGUCCUCAAUAAGCUGACUGUGUGCACAACGCUGAUGGCAGUGGAUAACGGUCAUACAGAGACUUACCUGCGGGAAUGCCCAGAUCCCUGUAGUCCUUGGUAGUCCGGUACCUUUCCUAUGUUGGAAGCUGCUUGUCUGAAUUGGAGGUCCUCCAAGAAAAAAUACUUCUGAAAAAAGAUUUCUCAGCCUAACUCCUUUCUUCAGAAAUCUGAUGGCUAUAUAUAAAUGUCAAUGAGCUUCUAACAAUGGAGGACCCUAUCUCACACUGGACUUUCUUGCUUUCUGAUCAGCAGUUCUGCUGACGAGAAAUGUAUACUAAUGUAUGUUUGGUUUGAUUUCAGCCAUUUCUACCAAAUUAGUUCAGCAGUUAGCUCUAGAUCUCUUCAGUCUUAACAGUAUUCUUGGUUUGGUUUGUAGUUGCCUUGUGGGUUUGUUGUUUUUUGUUGUUUGGCUGGGGUUUUUUUAGAUUAAAAUACUUCUAAAGCAAACAUGAGGUAAAA